AUGUCGGACUUUGAAGACGAAGACUAUGUCGCGGAUGGGGAAGAAAAUCUUCUUCCUUGGGAAGAUCCACCAAAUCCAUUCGACGACAGCCCAGAUGAAUGCGAAGAACAAAAACCUCAAAAGAAAAAGAAAGUUCAGGUGAAAACGACCAAAUCGCAGCCCACAAAAUCAAAAGCAGCAAAAACAACGAAGAAAUCAAAGGCAAACACGCAAGGAGAUGAACCACCGCCCCCAAUGCCGUCGAAAGCGACAAAUAUAAAAGAAGAAGACAUUUACGUAGCCCUAAAAGAGCACUUCGGGCAUCCGGGCUUUAGGUCGUCUAUUCAAGAAAAUGCGGUGAAAGAGUUGUGUCUAGGUGAUAGGGACGCCUUCGUACUUCUCCCUACCGGCGGUGGAAAGUCUCUGAUUUAUCAACUGCCGGCCAUGCUUUACCCUGGUAUUUCCAUCGUCAUAUCGCCCUUGAUCGCUCUGAUUCAAGAUCAGCUUCAGUCCCUUCUCGCAAAGGACAUCAGAGCCGAAUCCAUCAACUCCAAACUCUCUACAGAGGAGCGCAAGGCUAUUAUGGAUGAUUUGUACUCUGGUGCUCCUAAAACUCGUAUUCUCUACGUCACCCCCGAACAAGUCCAAACACAACGCUUCAUCAAGCUUGCACGGUGGAUGAAUGCUCGCUGUUUAAUCCACUUAGUGGCAAUAGAUGAGGCGCACUGCGUGUCCCAGUGGGGUCACGAUUUCCGACCAGACUAUCUCAAGCUCGGCCUUCUUCGUGAGCUCGUCCCAAACGCUCGUUUCGUCGCUUGCACUGCCACUGCUACCAAAAAGGUCGAAGAAGACGUUAUUCGAAUUUUGAAGAUGAAGAACUGCGCUGUUUUCCGCACGGGCAUCACGCGCGAGAACCUUUAUUACGAUGUGAAGAUGAAGGAUAUCCUCCCAAAUCCACAUCGCCACUUGGCUAAUUUCGCAAAAGAGUGUAUUGGCAAGCUUCAGCCAAACGGAAGCUAUGAAGGCGCGGGUAUAGUCUAUUGCUUCCGAAGGGACGACUGUGAAGAAAUCGCCGUGUCUCUGACUCGUCUCGGCGUUGAAUCAGAGCCCUACCAUGCCGGAUUGAAGCCAGAAACAAGGACCAGAGUGCAAGAAGACUGGACCGAGGGUCGCGUUCCCGUCAUUUGCGCCACUAUCUCUUUUGGUAUGGGUGUUGAUAAAGAGAACGUGCGUUUUGUCGCUCACUGGUCCCUUCCGAAGUCGCUUGCUGGAUAUCUUCAAGAGUCCGGUCGAGCAGGGCGAGACAACAAGCCCUCAAAAUGUCGAUUGUACUACUCACAAACCGCUUUUCUGGAAGAAGAAAGACGCGGGAAACGCCGAACAGAACAAAAGAAAAUCAUGAUCCAGCUAAGACAGUUCGAAUCAGUCACAAAGUACUGUGAGGGAACAGAUUGUCGUCAUAAGACAAUGGCUAAGUUCUUCGGCGAAAACACGGACAUCUGCAAAACAAACUGCGAUGGAUGUACAAAUAAGACACAAGUAGCCCGGGAACUCGACUGCAUGGGCAAAGUUGGCAGCUGCAAGACCUACACGAAGAUCAGCGAGGAGGACGACAAUGAUGCCUUUGCAGAAUAUAACCCGGACAUUUACGGGGGUCGGCGUGGAGGGUAUGGCUUCGAACGACCUGACGAGCCUUCAGAAGCUUUCAAAGACGAGGUGGAAAACGGGACCGGAACGACUUCCCUCAUUCUCAACGAGUUCAAAAAGCGACGCGCAGCUCAAGCAAAACUGUCAAUCCCGGAGCAGAAAAAGGCGAAGGAGGAUGAAAAGGCGUUGCUUUAUGUUGGCUUUCCAGAUGAUACUCCACUCAUUGACCCAGCGAACCAAAGAGUUAACGGUCUCGGCUGGCGAGUGCGAUCUGCCUGUUACGAUACCCUCAAAGAAUGUCUGGAAACAAACCACGUGAACUUUUACAUAGAAACUCCCGAGAAGGCGGCGCUUUGUGAUAUCGAAGUACGAGUGGCGGCAAGUAACUUGGAAAAGUUCAUUUUCGACAGUGCCCGUUCGAAGAUAUCUUACAAGGCCGCGAUUGUGAACAAACGAAAGGAAAUAAUGCUGACCACAGAGAACUUUGAAUUAGCCGAGGCAUUCCGACUUGAACAGAAGAAAGAGGUCAAAGCAAAAGCUUGCCCUGUAGCGUCAGGCAUGUUCCAGAGUGCCGCGAACCUUAUUUCCUCCUCGGACGACGAAUCAUCCAAAGAAGACAUUAAAGAUCAACCUUCUACAUCAAAAGCAGCUCCUUUAGUCAAGGCUCGCACUCUCUCUUUCGUUUGA